CCGUGUAGACGCCGGUGGUGGUUGUGGUGGAAGUGUCUUUGUGACUGAACAUCAGAAUAGAGCAGGCGGAUGAUAUCCACCGGCUGAUCUGUGGAGGCAGAAUGGAGUUCUAUCCUCCAGAAAAAGAAGGGAUGAUGGAGGCUUGGCUUGACGACAACCUAGAGUUCGCACAUUCUUAUUUUGUACGAAAGGCUUCUCGGGAAAUGGUAAACGCAUGGUUUGCUGAACGUGUCCACUCCAUUCAGCCAUCUCGGGAAGCAUCAAAAGCUCUGCCUGAACCUUUAUCGGCCAUCCAUCCACUGGGUCCAACUGAUGCACCUUCUCCAAGUCCAGCUCCAUCCACCCCUACACGAAAGAUCUCUGCAUCUGAGUUUGAUAGGCCACUUCGCCCCAUUAUUGUGAAAGACGCUGAGGGUUCGCUUACUUUUCUUAGUGAUACAGAAAGGGUGCAAAUGCCACUUCCUCCUCCCCAGCGGCCUGGCUCAGGCAGUGGGACAGAUGAGGGUGGAGGCAUUAUGGACUCAGGAGUUCGUGAAAACGGGGACCGCUGUGCUCGUCUGUUGGAGCUUGUACGUGAUGUUUCAAGUCACUUGGACCUUACUGUCCUCUGCCACAGGAUCUUCUUACACACUCACGAGUUGAUAGCAGCAGAUCGCUAUUCGUUGUUCUUGGUUGGAGAGGACAGUUCAAACAGGAAGUUCCUGGUUAGCCGGCUAUUUGAUGUCGCAGAAGGAUCCACUCUUGAGGAGGCUUCCAACAGUGGUAUUCGCCUUGAAUGGAACAAAGGAAUUGUGGGGUAUGUGGCAGCCACUGGACAGCCUCUGAACAUCAAGAAUGCAUAUGAGGAUCCACGUUUUAAUGCAGAGGUGGACCAAAUUACAGGAUAUAAGACUCAGAGCAUCUUGUGUUUACCCAUCAAAAAUCACAGAGAUGAGGUUGUCGGAGUAGCACAAGCAAUCAAUAAAAGGUGUGGAGAGAACAGUGCCUUCACAGAACAGGAUGAGAGGGACUUUUCCUCGUACCUGGCUUUCUCUGGCAUAGUGCUACACAAUGCACAACUCUAUGAGACAUCACAGCUGGAGAACAGGCGAAACCAGGUGUUGUUGGAUCUGGCUAGUCUGAUCUUUGAAGAGCAGCAGUCUUUGGAGGUCUUACUGAGGAAAACCGUGGCUACCAUCUUGUCUUUCAUGCAGGCCCAAGAAUGCACUGUCUUCAUUUCUGACAGGGAAACAGCUAACACUUUCUCCAGUGUGUUUCACAUGGAAUAUGAGGAGCUUGCAGGAUCCAUGGACUUCCCAAACAGAGAAUGCGAUGUCAAUAAGAUAAACUAUAUGUAUGCCCAGUAUGUCAAGAACACUAUGGAGACACUGAACAUUGCAGAUGUCACCAAAGACCAGCAAUUUCCAUGGACAAGUGAAAAUCUACAAUCCUCAAACAGUCAAAUUAAAAGUCUACUGUGCACGCCAAUAAGGAAUGGGAAAAAGGACAAAGUGAUAGGUGUCUGCCAGUUGGUCAAUAAGAUGGAUGAAGCUUCAGGCCAGGUAAAAGCCUUUAAUAGGAAUGAUGAGCAGUUUCUAGAGGCCUUUGCUAUAUUUUGCGGACUGGGAAUCCAGAACACACAGAUGUACGAAGCAGUGGAAAGAGCAAUGGCUAAGCAAGAGGUCACACUUGAGGUCCUCUCUUAUCAUGCCUCAGCUGCAGAGGAAGAGACGCGGGCGCUCCAGGUAACUGCGGCGGCUACGAUUCCCUCUGCUCAAUCUCUCAGACUACUGGACUUCAGCUUCAGUGAUUUUGACCUGACAGAUGCUGAGACGACCCAAGCAACCAUCCGUAUGUUUGUGGACCUUAAGCUUGUGCAGAAUUUUCAGAUGAAGUACAAGGUAUCUGCUUAGACUUUGUUUAUUAGU